AUGAAACCCGCUUCGAUUUUCGCCUAUCCCGCUGCCACCGCCUGUCUCAUUGUCGCUGCCUCCGGUGCGCCCCGGCCCCUCAGCGACAUUAUCAAAGCAUUCGACAUUCACCAGCUGCCUUUCCUCACCAACCCUCUGCCUAACAUGCCUUCCGACGAGUCCGUCUCCACCGGCGUCAUCAUAUCCGACGUAAUCGGCAAGACGCAAGCCAUCGCCAUCUUCUCCGGCCUUACACGCGACAUCGACCCCGUGUCGGGCCGCCUGGACGAUGCAUCCCAGAACGCGACCGUCUUGGCACCCGACAACAGCGCGAUGAAGAACCUGCAAAGGAAGCCGUGGGAAGACGCCGAGGAUUAUGAGGCGUUCGGUACGGAGGCAUACAAGGGGCAGGACGGAGAAGACCGCGCGCACAAGAACCUGCGAAGAUUUGUAGAGAAGCACAUUGUACCCGAGAGCCCGUGGGAAGAGGGCAAGAAGGUCAAGACCCUACACGGUAACGAGAUCUGGUGGGAGACAAAAGAGGGGAAGAAGAAAAUCCAGCCCGCCAACAUCGAAGUUACAAGCGUUGCUGACAAAGUGUCCAACGGUGAGGUUUGGGUAAUCGGAGGCUCUCUGGUGUGA